GAGAAGAAGAUGAUCCAAGAGGCCGACACCCUGAAGAAGACCGGCGCCCAGCUAAUGGUGGUUGGGGUCGCCAAGGUUGACAGAAAGCGGUUGGAGAUUAUCGCGUCCGAGCCAGAUGAUAUAUUCAUAGCAGAGGACUACGAGGAGCUGCAGGACUUCUCACACAGAGUGAAAAGACGAACUUGUGAAAUCGGUAACGUUCUUAAGUAAACAGGAAGAGACAUUCGCCUUAGGCUGUAGUUUAUAAUUAGAUUAUCACACACAUUUCCUAUUGGGUCUUCAUUUCCAGCUUACAUUCAUUGACUCCUCGAUACUAGUGCUCCAUGAAAACAAACCUUUUCACAUACCCCUUCACCACUCUCGCUCAAACCAUCUUACUCUAUCUUCCCCCAACGGCAAUAUUUCCCCAUGGCAUGUUCCCCUCACCUACUCCCGGUCAUUUAAAUCUUUCAGCCAAACAAAGGUCCUACGGCAGAGGACUAGGCUUCAUGAAUUUAAUUUAUCAUCAAUACUUCACAUUCGUGAAAGCUGUGAGAGAAAAUAUGCAAAAAAAGGGAGGGGGGUGGAGUAAUAAAUGCAAAAAAGAACAAAAAAAUGUAAGCAAACAACAACAAAAUAUCCCGAAAAGGCCUUACGCCAAAUCGACAUUAAGAAAAUAGUUCUUAUAUAUGUGCAUAUAAUGGGCACUCAUUAUGAUGAGACCAGAUGGGCAACGAAAGAAGACAGGAAGUUUAUUAUACAGGUAAAUAGAUGUUCAAAUAUAACCUUACAUCAGUGGCUUUGGAAAAGGGAGCGGAGGUGAUGGUCCACCCGGGGCGGCAGUUCAAUCGUUAUGUAAAGGAGCGGCAUUUUUCAGCCUCUUGGAGAGUGUUUUGGUGAAAGGGGAGUGGCCCGGGCAUCACUAAAACUGGUUACUCCACUGUCCUACAUUAGUAAGAGAGUUUAGUUAUAAGUUUGUAUUUUAAGCUCCCUGGUUGAGUCAGCUUGUGACCUAAUCUGUAUUUUAGCUCCGCAGUUUCAGUCAGCUGACGACAUCCUCAUACUCGUCGACUCAUCCAGCAGCAUCACGGCAGACGACUACGACAAGGAACUUGAGUUUGUGGUGAGCCUCACGGAGUGCUUCAACAUCGGACCCCAGGCCGCCAAGUUCAGCGUCGUGAUCUUCUCCUCCAUGAUCCAACUCGUGUGCGACUUCAACGUCAGCACCCACCGACAGAUCAAAGAGGUGGGAUACACGUUAAGGCCUUAAAAUUUCCUGAUAAUUUGUGUAUGCCUGAGAGUAAAAAUAUGAGUAACCCAUACUUUAAAUGUAAAUAUCGGUUGUUUCAACACUUCCAAGUUUUUCAUAUGGAAGUCAGAUUCCGACUCACAAAUUGCAGCAUGCGCCAAAAGUAACAAUACAGAAAUUCCCGCUUCUUGAACGAGGCGUGUGUUUGUCAACGAGUCAUAUCUCAAGCCAACACGUGUUCUCUGUCAGGAAAAGGAUGAUAUUUUGGAUAGUUGGUGUUGGAACUCGGUCUUUCAACGGGGUAAAAUGUAUUAAUAGUCGAGCAAUAUUUUCAGUCAUUAAUUAUUCAUUAAUGAAUGUAAAUCGUGAGCUUGCUUAAAAUAAAGUUGAAAUAAUAAUUGGCAAAGAGAUUUUUUUUAAAAGACUUUAAUAAGUAUUGAAUUGUGGAAAGUUAUUCUGUCAGUGAAAGGAAGAGUGAUUGACUUGUAAGUGAAUGUUUUUUUUUGUUUUUUUUUUUUGCUUUGAGCCACACUUUCCUUUGAAAAUCUGGAUUCUCAAACUUCAUAGUAAGAAAUUUUAAAAUUCAAUAAUCAGGGCUCUUAUAUCCGUCUCCGUCAAGCGUUGUCCAACAUGUAUCGGAUACGAAAAUGUACCCAUGUCCUUAACCAUUUGUUGAAGCGACAUAAUGCUUGUAUUCAGUUUGAAUAUUGCCGUCUCGUUACAAUCUGUUUAUGCGCCGAGUUGACGCUCUUUUAUCGCCCUUUCAAACACUAUACAGACGUCCCACAUCUGCUGGGGGUCGCCUUAGAUCAGGCUUUCUCUGUGGAUGUCUGGGGGUGUUACCAACCCCCCACUCAUUAGUUUCGGGCACUCGGCUAGCAAGUGCACUACUGUCUCUGGCGCCUGGUCCACAUUGAGUAAAACAGAGUAUGAUUAAACCUGAAAAAUUAAACGCAACAAAAUAGCGAACGUGUCGGCAGAAAGCCUUCGUCAGCGAACAACACAACAGAAAAAAACGUUAUAAAAAUAAGAAAUAGCACUUAGCUGGUAAGUAGUAUCUGUGGGCAGCAAUAGAAGUGUGGCAGAAGUGUGUUUCCCCAAGGGCAGCUUUCAGAUACGCGACGGUUUCCUCUGUACAAGCCGCAACGUUAUCUAUGCCAUUGUCUGCACCCGCUGUCAGAUGACAUACAUAGGGGAGACUGGACGCCGUCUCUCGGACAGGUGUACCGAACACCUCCGAAACAUUACACAAGAUAAACAGUGUCCCGUCUCCAAACACUUCAAUAGUAGUGACCACCGGGGCAAGGCGGACUUUUCAAUAAGUGCGAUUGUGGCCAGCACUAACACCGCCAGCCGGGUCAAUUUGGAACACAGACUUAUCCUGACUUACGGCACUUUGACGCCAGAUGGGAUUAAUGUUAUGUCUCUGUUCACAGCUUGACCCUAGCUCCGCCCCUCCACGUUCUGACCUAUCACAGUGAACUUUUUUCUCCCCCCUUUUUUCGCCGCUGCUUAUUUAAACUCUCACUCAUUUUCCUUCUGCCACACUUCUAUUGCUGCCCACAGAUACUACUUACCAGCUAAGUGCUAUUUCUUAUUUUUAUAACGUUUUUUCUGUUGUUUUUUUCUGCCACACUUCUAUUGCUGCCCACAGAUACUACUUACCAGCUAAGUGCUAUUUCUUAUUUUUAUAACGUUUUUUCUGUUGUUUUGUUCGCUGACGAAGGCUUUCUGCCGACACGUUCGCUGUUUUGUUGCGUUUAAUUUUUUCAGGUUUAACCAUACUAUGUUUUACUCAUUUUAUUUUGUACUAACCUGAUUGCAGUCUCUCCCCUUAUGGUCCACAUUGACGGCAUCUUGGGUCCCGAAGAGGAUGUAACCCAUUCAAGUGGCUUCGAGUAAAACAGUGUUUUGUUGUUUUUUUUCUCAUCCGUGUGAUGAGGCUCUGGAAUCGCGUUUUAAUUUCCCCCAUUGGUCCCCUUUCCUGUUUGCGUAUGGCAUGUUCCGAUCAAGUUUACGGGCCGUGUCCCCUUUCUCCCAAUUUUGUACCCACUCCUAUCGGAAGACAGUUUAUAACCAAGCUUUGACCCCAGUUACGCGAGUGGUCGGGUUUGAUUGUGGCCGGACAGACCCUUGCCUUGCUAGUAAGUCAGCUCUUUCAGAUUGGCGUAAUCCCGUGUGUCCAGGGAUCCAUUGUGGGACCCCUCUGCCCUCAUGGGACUUCACUAAAAAAAUAAUAAAAAUCAUGACAAUUUUCCAAGCCCUUGAAAUGUUUAUCUAGGAAACAGUAAAUCAGACUAGAUGUAAUACGUCCAUUAUUGCGUUAACCAUUUUCUUGUCUAAUGAUCCCCUCCUAACCGCCUCUAAUGCCAACUGUUAGUCGGUAAACACUAGGAUGGACGGAAGUGUGGUCUUAGUUUAGCUUGGAUUUCUGCAUCGAAGUUUGUACAAUACUUCCCUUAAAUCUCCUCUGCGAGAGGUACUCGCUUUGGGUAUUGCAUGAGUGCACCUUAUCCGACGUUAUUGUCGUUGGUUAAGCAAGAGCCAUUCUUUGGAUUGUUCUGCCAAAUUUGUUCAAAUAUGGUCACCCGUUACAAUACGCGUCAAUGUAUACGCAAUACGGUUUCCAUUUAUCAUGAUCUUAUAAUUAAGGUAAUUCUAUGUCCUCAGCCUUAAUUGUUUUUAAAAUCGAAGUGGAGAGGGGGGAGCAAGGAAAAGUAGUGAGAGGGGGGGGAGUUGAGAAUUUAUUUUUUUUAUAAUCGUAUCCAUUGCAAACAAACUGAAGAGCUUUUUUUGCACUCUUAUCUACGUGUAUUCCUCUCUCUUUCUCUCUCUCUCUCUCUCUCGCUGCCUCUCUUUCCCUCUCUCACUCUCUAUUUGUCUCUCUAUUCGUCUCUCUCUUCCUCUCUCAUUCGAUCUAUCAAUCAAUGUCUCUCUAACUCUUUAUAUUUGUCUUUCAUUUCCCACCCCCCUCUCUCUCACUCAUUCCGUGUAUUAUUAUGCUAUGCCCCAAACGAGUCAUUGAUGAUCCCACGUCCAACAAUAUUGACACAUUAAAAGCUGAUUUCAAUUAAACAUGUUCCCCAACCCUUUUUAAAAAAAAAAAUACAUGUUCCCCAUAGGCGGUGAUGGCUGCGCCACAUCUCUCCCAGUCGACAGACACAGCGGCGGCACUGCGCAAGG